CUAUCCAGUUCAUAUAUAAAUUAAACUAGACAUUUUGCAGCAUAAAAAGAGACUAAUAAUUUGGCAUUCAUUCAUACAUAUGUGACUUCAUUGUCUUAAUUAGUCUUAAAGAUAAUUUUCUCAUAGUGAAGAAGGACACCAAAUUUGACGUGAAAAAAUCAAGCAACUUGGAGCCUCACAAUAUCAUUCACGGAAGAAAAACCUAACUUUGUGUUUCAGAGAAGAACAGAGAGAGGGAGAUUGUCUCUCUUUUUUUCUGUGAUAUUCACGUUGCAGAAUCGAUCAUGACGAGGCUGCAAACCGAUCAGGUGGAGCAGCUGAGAGAGAUAUUCAAGCACUUCGACAUGGACGCCGACGGCAGUCUAACCCUCCUUGAACUCGCCGCCCUUCUCCGGUCGCUCGGAAUCAAGCCCGGCGGCGACCAGCUUCACACGCUCCUGUCCAACAUAGACGAGAACGGCAACGGCUACGUCGAGUUCGACGAGCUGACCAAGGCCAUCCUCCCGGACUUGCAUGGCGAGGAGAUCCUCAUGAAUCAGGAGCAAAUGCUCGAGGUUUUCCGGUCGUUUGACCGCGACGGCAACGGCUACAUCACCGCCGCCGAGCUCGCCGGCUCCAUGGCCAAGAUGGGCCACCCCUUAACGUACCAAGAGCUCGCUGAUAUGAUGAACGAGGCCGACACCAACGGCGACGGCGUCAUCAGCUUCAACGAGUUCGCAAACAUCAUGGCCAGAUCCGCCGCAGAUUUUCUUGGCCUCAAGGUUAUCUAGGAGCUUAAUUAAUUCUCGUUAUACAGGCUAAUUAAGGGUUUCAUUAACUUUUGUGUAUAUCUUCUUCUGCCUCCUCUUUUUCCUUAUUUUUUUUUUCUAUGUUCAUUAGGAUUAAAGAUUGAAAAAGAAUAUAACUUUUCUGAUCAAGUUGAUGAUCUCUUAUUGUAAAUUAAUGCAACAUGUAAAUAGAUUUGAUGCAUAUUUACUCAAUUUAUAAGAAUGUAGAUUUCGGAAUCUCUAUGGAAAGCAAGAAAUGAAAACUGACUUUUCUGCGUA